AUGUCGGCGUAUGAUGAAAAUCCUUUUGGUGAACCUAUGGUAGAUAAUCCAUUUGCGGAUCCAGCUAUUCAACAAGUAACUCGGGCAAAUGCUAAUGUGCAAAGUUCCUUAGAGGAUUAUAACCCUUUUGAACAAGAACAAGUAAAACCGCAAAUACAAAUUAAUUCCACAUAUAAUGCCGCUGUUGUCCAGCCACAAUCGCAAAACAUUCCUUCCACUCAACCACGAGUUUUGACGACCACACCCAGUACGAGUGUGCAAAUUACCACGGAAGAUUUGCAGCGCCGACAGGAAGAGCUUGAUCGCAAAGCAGCUGAGUUGGAUAGACGUGAACAACAACUGCAAGGAAACAUGCCGCAGCUAAAUAAUUGGCCACCAUUGCCAGAUAAUUUCUGUCUAAAACCGUGCUUUUAUCAAGACUUCAGUUUAGAAAUUCCUCCAGAAUUUCAAAGACUUAUAAAGCACUUGUAUUACACAUGGAUGUUUUACACUUUUACGAUGUGCUUAAACAUUGCCGGGGGUUUCAUUAUUUUAUUGCAUAAAGGCAAUUUUACUGAUCUUGGUCUUUCUAUAUUCUACAUAUUUUUGUGCACGCCUGCCUCUUACAUAUGCUGGUUUAGGCCAGCGUACAAAGCGUUUCGCAACGACUCCAGUUUUAAUUUUAUGGUAUUCUUUUUCGUGUACUUUUUCCAAACAAUUUUUUCGGUAUUUCAGGCAAUUGGAUUUCGCAAUAGCGGUUUUUGCGGAUUCAUCGUGGCUCUUUCUCAAUUCGAUUCCACCGCUGUGGGCAUUGUAGUCGGAAUAUUAUUACUUGGAGUUGCAUUUUGCUUUGCUACUACUGCUGUUGCAAAUAUUAUGAUGAUUACAAAGAUCCAUUCAAUAUACCGUAGUACGGGGGCAAGCAUGGCUAAAGCUCAAGUUGAGUUUGCGACCGAGUUUAUGAGGAAUCAGCAUGUGCAAGAAGCUGCAUCUUCUGCCGUUAACACAGCCAUAAAUUCGCAAUUUAACAACCGGCGCUAUUAAUUUUAAUUCGAUCAGUGUGAAUUAAUCAUUACGAAAAUGUCAUUAUGACUACUGAUGAUAACAGUUUUAGCAAGCGCGUUUAUUGGAUUUAAUUAGACUAAAUAAAAUCGAAUGCGAGUUCUAUAAAAAAACACACUUAUAAUUAAUUAACUGCAAUUUAAUGAAUGUGACUUUUUAUAUUGCGUUAAAUGGGUUAGAAAUAGCAUAAUGAACACUUUAUAUACAACUUGUGAUGCGGAAAUUU